AUCUCAUGUCAUCCUGGAAUAUCAAAUUUUGACUGGUAAUAGAAACAAAUGACUACACGAAGAUGCACUUCCAGAAGAAAACAAAUCCACAUCAACGUCGAUCAAUCGAACCCUUGCAUCAAACAAACCAAACAAGCUACACUGACAUUGACUAAACCCGCCACGUCGCCCCCUGCGUCUCCACGCCAUCUACCUGCCCUGCCCGGCGUGCGCCGGUCCUCGAGCUCACCAGAGAAGAGCGAUGGGCAGCCCGGCGCCGCCCGGCGCCUCGCACGGCCUGUUCGGGUCGAGCGGCGUCGGCGGGUUCGGCUACGGCCUCGCCGUCUCCGUCGGCAUCCUCCUCAUCGUCCUCACCAUCGCGCUCGCCGUCUACCUCUGCUGCGCCCGCGCCUCGUCCAUGCCCGUGGCCGCCGCGGCAGCCAUCAACGCCGACGGGAUUCCACCUCGUCGCGAUGUCGAGAUCGGCGGUAUCGACGCGGCGACGCUGGAGGCGUACCCGGCGGUGGUCUACGGGGAGGCGAGGAAGCCGGCCACGGAGGAGCAGCAGCCGGCGUGCUGCGCCGUCUGCCUGGAGAGGUACGCGGACAGCGACGUGGUCCGGGUGCUGCCGGACUGCGGCCACCUGUUCCACCGCGGGUGCGUCGACCCCUGGCUCCGGCAGCGGCCGACGUGCCCGGUGUGCCGGACGUCGCCUCUGCCCAGCCCCGUGCCCACGCCUCUCGCCGAGGUGACGCCGCUGGCGCUGGUGAGGGUGAUGCCGGCGUGAGGCGAGCCCCUGGUGUCUCUUCGUAGACGUGGCGUUCUUCACCUCUUCUGGGCUUGCUCUGUGUUUUCCUUUUGUUGGACAGCCAGAGACAGGCUGCUCUUUGUUUUCUUCCCAUCUCCAUUAAUUUUAUGUAUACGGCGAGAUGCCACAUCUCUACUCCUGAUGGACGAAUUGGUUGAAUA